AUGAGGGUUAUCUCCGUAUUGACAGGCGCCGGCCUUCUCGGCCUCGUACACGGUCACGGCUACAUGACCAAGCCUCACAGCCGCACCCGCCUCGGACAUGAGGCCGGCACUGACACUUGCCCCGAAUGCACCAUUCUCGAGCCGGUUACGGCGUGGCCCGAUCUAGACGCGGCGAAGGUAGGCAGGAGCGGGCCUUGCGGAUAUAACGCGCGCGUGAGCGUGGACUACAACUUUCCGGGGGCGAACUGGGGCAAGUCGACGGUGGCUACGUACGCGCCGGGCGACGUGAUCGACGUGGAGUGGUGCGUGGACAACAACGGCGACCACGGCGGCAUGUUCACGUACCGCAUCUGCCAGAACCAGACCCUGGUCGACAAGUUCCUAGACGCGACCUACACGCCGACGGAGGCAGAGAAGCAGGCGGCGGAGGACUGCUUCGAGGAGGGUAUCCUCAAAUGUACUGACGUGAACGGACAGACCUGCGGCUACAACGCCGACUGCACGUCGGACCAGAAGUGCUACCGCAACGACUGGUUCACGUGCGAGGGCUUCAACUCGGGCACCAGGUGCCAGGGCGUAGACAAAGCCGCGCUGAACUCUUGCUACACGAGUAUCGCAGGCGGCUACACCGUGACGAAGAAGAUCAAGAUCCCGAACUACUCGAGCGAGCACACGCUCCUCUCCUUCAAGUGGAACUCGUUCCAGACGCCUCAGGUGUACCUGUCCUGCGCAGACAUCGCGAUCUCAGGCAACGCGUCAUCUCCGGCCCCGUCAUCCACCAAGACCAGUGUGUCCACCUCGACAACCAGCACCGCGUGCGCCGCUUCGGCCACCGCGAGUACAGUUGCGCUGACCUUCAACCAGGCCGUGACGACAGCCUACGGCGACACGAUUAAGAUCGUCGGCUCCAUCGCCGCCCUCGGCAGCUGGGACGUGAGCAAGGCUCCCGCUCUCUCCGCUGCCAAGUACACGUCUUCGAACCCGCUGUGGAGCAUCACGCUCUCCAUGGCUGCGGGCACUACUUUCCAGUAUAAAUUCGUUAAGGUCUCGAGCUCCGGCACGGUUACGUGGGAGAGUGACCCUAAUCGCUCUUACACUGUGCCCACCUCGUGCUCGCUUACCGCCCAGGAUGUCGCGAGCACCUGGCGGUAG